GCUUGUGGAUUGCGAAAGUACUGGGGUGAGUCAUCUUUCCAAUACAAGAUCUUCGGCUGGGGCGACGGUACAUUCUGCUUCCUGUAUGUUGCCACGGCGACACUUAACGACAACAACUCAAAUCGGCCAAGAGAAACGCUGCGUUGAGUCCUGUGAUACAUCCAAUGUGUUUUCUGUGCAGUUAAUCCGCUCUAACGUGUGAUAACACAUCUUCAAGAGGAGGCGGUUUCCACCAUGAGUCAAAAACAGAUCAUUCAAGUUUUUGAGGACUAUCAGAAAUCAAGGAUGCACUUUGUGCAAACGGUUGCUGACCUGGCAGCCAGACCACAAAACAUAGACAUCCUUCAACAUGCUGGUGUGAUGUCAAUGCUGCGCCCCCUCAUGUUGGAUGUGGUCCCCAGCAUUCAGCAGACGGCGGCUCUGGCUGUGGGCCGCCUGGCAGACCACAGCGAUGACCUGGCCAAGGUCGUGGUGAAGGAAGACAUCCUGCCCCAGCUGGUCCACUCUCUGACCUUGCAGAAUAGGUUCUAUAAGAAGGCAGCAGCGUUUGUGCUGCGUGCGGUUGCCAAACAUUCCCCUGAGCUGGCCCAGGCAGUGGUGGCCUGCGGGGGAGUGGACGCCCUGGUUUUCUGCCUGGAGGAGUUUGACCCCGGGGUGAAGGAGGCUGCUGCCUGGGCUCUGGGCUGCAUCGCACGCCACAGCGCAUCCCUGUCUCAGUCUGUCGUGGAUGCCGGUGCUGUGCCCCUGCUGGUGUUGUGUCUUCUGGAGCCUGAGAUGGCCCUCAAACGCAUCGCGGCCUCCACCCUCAGCGACAUCUCCAAGCACACACCUGAACUCGCCCAGACUGUGGUGGACAAUGGAGCCAUUGCACAUCUGGCACAGAUGAUCCUCAGCCCAGAUGCCAAACUAAAGAGACAGGUGUUCUCAGCCCUCAGUCAGAUCAGUAAACACUCGGAAAGCCUGGCGGAGAUGGUGAUCGAGGCGGAGAUCUUCCCUGCAGCGGUGGCCUGCCUCAAAGAUCCCGACGAGUACGUCAAGAAGAACGUCGUCACUCUGAUGAGGGAGGUGGUGAAACACACACCGGAGCUGUCCCAGAUGAUUGUGUCUUGCGGUGGCAUUGGAGUUGUGAUCAACUAUCUGGGUAAUUGCCGCGGAAGCCUCCGGUUGCCCGGGAUCAUGAUGCUGGGAUAUGUGGCCGCUCACAGUGAGAACCUGGCCAUGGCUGUCAUCCUCUCCAAGGGUCUGUCCCAGCUGGCCCUGUGUCUGUCCGAGGAGCACGAGCCUCACAUCAGGGCCGCCACCGCCUGGUCCAUCGGACAGAUAGGUCACCACACCCCUGAGCACGCUAAGGCCGUGGCCACCUGUGACCUCUUGAGCAAACUGCUGGAACUUUACAUGAACGCCAGCAGCUCCGAGGACCUGCAGGCCAAAAGUAAGAAGGCUCUGAAGAGCAUUCUGCAGAAGUGCACCUACCUGCCAGGUCUGGAGCCCCUCCUCCACGAUGUCCCCAGCAACAUCCUCAAACACGUGGUGGGCCAGUUCAGCAAGGUGCUGCCUCACGACAGUAAGGCUCGCCGUCUGUUUGUGACCAGCGGGGGGCUGAAGAAGUUACAGGAGAUCGAGGCCGAGCCCGGCUCCGCUCUGCGGGAGCACAUCAACGCCAUCAACAACUGUUACCCUGAAGAUAUAGUCAGGUACUACUCACCUAACUACUCAGAGGUCUUGCUUGCGCAGUUAGAGCACUACCAACCGGCUUGACAUCAGUUCAAACAACUCAUCUUGUUGACAUGUUUCCAUGAAGAUGAACCAUAUAUGUGCCUUUACAGUAAAUGCAUGCUAAUUUCAAUCUUCCAUUUGAGUCCUCCAAUUUGUAUAUAUCUUGUGUGUAUGAUUGUAAUUGUUUUUCAUUUAUAUGCAUGUUGGCAGUAACUGCAGCUUAGCUAUAGAUCAUAUGGUGACACCGUCACUAUAUGUAAGAGACCCUAAAAAUGGAAAUAAAUGACAUUUCAUGGAG